AUGGAGCAACCGACCGAGGGGCCUAUUCCGUCGAUAGCAGAGCCCGGCGUCAAAGCUUCAGGGCCACUGCUGUACACCAUGAGAAAAGAGGUGGCAGAGUUGCUAGGAAGACACCAGACUGGCUUCCCGGGAGCUCAGCCUGUCAGUUUUGCGAGACAGCAUCUCGACGAACUGCAGAAGCAAGACUACUAUGUUUGCGAAAAGUCGGACGGCAUUCGGUACUUGCUCUACUCCACUGCCGACGAAGAAGGCGGCGAAGCGCACUACCUCAUCGACCGCAAAAACGACUACUGGUUCCUCACCAACAGGAACCUACACUUUCCUCUGGAAAACAAUACGCAGGCUUUCCACACGGCCACCCUGGUAGACGGGGAGCUGGUGUGGGACGCCCUCCCCAACGGCAAGAAAGAGCCGCGCUUCCUUGUGUUUGACUGCCUGGUAAUGGAUGGAAACAAGCUCAUGGACCGAACCCUCGACAAAAGACUGGCCUAUUUCAAGGAGCGAUUGUACCUGCCAUAUAAGAAACUCUUCAAAGAGUAUCCUGAUGAGCUGAAAUUCCAGCCCUUCUUCGUGGAGAUGAAGCCGUUUCAGCUAGCCUACGGAAUCGAAAUGAUGUUCAAGCAGGUCCUUCCCAGUCUAAAGCAUGGCAACGAUGGAUUGAUUUUCACAUGUCGCAAUACAGCGUACAAACACGGCACGGACCCUCAUAUUGUGAAGUGGAAGCCUCCGGAAGAAAACACCAUCGAUUUCCGACUCAAGCUGACAUUCCCGCUGGUUGAGCCCGACGAAUGGGAAAGAAAAGAGGGCAUCACUGAGCCAUUCAUUGAUUACGACAGCGUUCCAAAGUCGGAGCUAACGAUCUUUAUGGGAGAUAGCGGACCAGAUAAGUACGAGCGCUUUGAUAAUUUGUACCUGACGGAGGAGGAGUGGGAGACUCUAAAAGGGUUGAACGAUCCUCUGAACGAUCGUAUCGUCGAGUGUAAUCAGGAUGAUCAAGGACGCUGGCGAUUGCUUCGCUUCAGGGACGACAAGAGCGAGGCCAAUCACAAGAGCACGGUCAAUAGCGUCCUGGAAAGCAUCAACGACCGUGUCUCGGAGAAGGAUUUGUAUAGAAAUGCUGGCCCCAUUAGAGAUAGUUGGAAGGCGAGGCAGGCACGGUCGAACCAGGAACGUCGCGAUCGAUAG